GACUCCUAUAAGUUGUGAGAGAGUUGUGUUUGUUGGGAGGGGGUGCAAUUCUCCGAGAACCUCGGAAUGAGGAUUUACCCAAUAGCUCUUAGUCUUGAGUGUUUGAAAACUUCAACGAAUGUUGGUUUUAGUUUGUGAGAAUUGCAACUUUUUCUUUGAUGGAAAACCAGAUCAGGGGUUCGACACAGAGCGCGCAAGAUUUUGAAGACUCUUCUGUGCUGAAUAGUCACCGGCUGCAUAAUUAGACAACAGCAAUGGAUAAGGAUGACAAGAUGAACCCGGAGGAGGACCUAGAGUAUGGAGGUCAACAGCCCUGGAACAUCCAGCCUUCGAAGAGCAUAGGUCGUAGCUCAAGACGAGGGUCACUCUCUCGGUCGAGGAGCUUGGCACGGGAAAUGCUUGCUAGUGGCAGUAUAGGCACAGCAGCUCCUCAGUCGUAUGGACUUUUCGGUGCCGCAGGCAACCUACUGGAUGCAGCUUCCCGGUCUUCAACUCGAGAGGAAGACGAAAACGAGUUGCGGUGGGCUGCCUUGGAGAAGCUUCCAACGUACAAGCGCAUCCGCACUUCCAUCCUCCAGCAGCACACUGGAAGUCUACGUGAACUGGAUGUGAAAAAGCUGUCAGUAGCGGAUUUUCAACACCUUCUGCAAACUUUGCAUCGGCCCACAGAUAAUGAUGACGAACAGAUCUUGGCUAAGUUGCGCAAGCGGUUAGACAGGGUUGGGAUAGAACUCCCCACGAUCGAGGUUCGGUUCGAAAAUUUGACAGUCGAAGCGAACUGCCAUGUUGGAAGCAGAGGCUUGCCUACCCUAUGGAACGUUUUUCUUAACAUCCUAGAGAGCGUUGCAGGGUUUCUUCACCUAUCUCCAACACGGAAGCAGGUUGUCACCAUUUUGGACAAUGUCAGCGGCCUUAUUAAACCUGGAAGGAUGACCUUGCUUCUUGGCCCUCCUGGUUCGGGGAAGACUACUUUAUUGCUCGCAUUGGCUGCGAAGCUUGAUCCUGAUCUGAAAGUGAAAGGGAAAGUAAUGUUCAACGGGCACACGUUCGAUGAAUUUGUGGUACCAAAAACUGCCGCAUACGUAAGCCAGCACGACCUGCAUGUUGGAGAAUUGACAGUUCGGGAAACUUUUCAAUUCUCUUCUAAAGUCCAGGGCGUUGGGCAUCAAUACGAAAUACUCGAGGAGGUGGCGAAGAGAGAAAAAGAGAGUGGGAUUCGACCUGACUUAGAUGUCGACACUUACAUGAAGGCGACGGCUAUGCCGGGAAACAAAGCCAUGCUUGCCGUUGAACAUAUCAUAAGGAUGCUCGGUCUAGAGAUUUGUGCAGACACAGUAGUCGGGAACGAAAUGCUCCGUGGAAUUUCCGGUGGUCAGAAGAAGCGUGUGACAACGGGGGAGAUGCUUGUCGGCCCACUAAAGACAUUGUUCAUGGACGAGAUUUCUACAGGACUGGACAGCUCAACAACGUUCUCAAUUGUAAGGAGCUUGGGCCGAUUUACGCAUGAGUUGUCUGCAACGACCUUAAUCUCGUUGCUGCAGCCUGCCCCUGAGACCUUCAACCUCUUCGACGACGUAAUAUUGCUCUCUGAAGGGCAAGUUGUUUACCAUGGCCCGAUUGCAAAUGUUGUCGAGUUUUUUGAGCUUUGCGGCUUCAAGUGCCCGGAGAGAAAGGGCAUUGCUGAUUUUCUGCAAGAGGUCACAUCACGUAAGGACCAAGAACAGUACUGGGCGGAUAAGCGCAAACCCUACCGCUAUGUGCCCGUCAAGUGCUUCGCAGACGAGUUUCAAAGAUUUCAUGUUUGGUUAAGGAUGAAGGAUGAGCUAGGAGUUGCAUACCACAAAGAGAGAAGUCACCCUGCUGCUCUUGCUAAGGAGACCUACUCAAUCUCUAACAAGGAACUCUUCUGGGCUACCUUCGAUCGAGAGCUGACGCUGCUUAAGCGGAACGGAAUUGUUUACAUCAUCAAAGCCAUUCAGAUCACAAUGAGCGCCUUCAUUUCUAUGACCACCUUCUUUCGCACUCGGCUUCACACGCAAACAGUCAAUGAUGGAGGCCUCUACUUCAAUGCCCUUUUCUAUGCUAUAAUCAUGUUUAUGUUCACAGGGUUUGGAGAGCUUGCAUCCACAAUCACUAGACUACCUGUUCUCAUCAAACAACGGGACAUGCUCUUCAUCCCUGCAUGGGCAUUCUCGCUUUCUACUAUGUUGUUGAGUAUCCCAGGGUCUAUUCUUGAGGUUGGCAUUUUCACCUGCAUGAGCUACUUCGUGACGGGAUUUGCACCCAACGCUGGUGCUUUUUUCAAAUUCGCUUUGAUUCUCUUUUUGAUCCAGCAGCAGGCAGGUGGUAUGUUUCGAUUUAUUGGCGCAGUAUGCCGCACAAUGACGCUGGGAUUUACCCUGGGGUGGAUUAUCCUUCUGCUUCUUUUCAUGCUCGGAGGGUUCAUUAUCCCCCGUCCGGACAUUCCGGUAUGGUGGAGAUGGGGCUUCUGGAUUUCCAACAUGAGCUAUGCCGUGCAGGGAAUUAGUUCCAAUGAAUUCACCGCUUCUCGGUGGAAAACGCCAUACACUGGAAUUGGUGGAGUGAAUACCGUUGGAGCCAGAAUUCUGCAGAGCCGUGGUCAAUAUACAGAAUCAUAUUGGUAUUGGAUUAGCGUAGGCGCUCUCUUGGGAUUCUACGCGAUAUUCAACAUUGGAUUUACGCUGGGACUUCAGUUCAUGCCUGGAGUUGGCAAGCCUCAGGCUAUAAUGUCCAAGGAAGAGUUGGAAGAAAAAGAAGUAAAUCGUACUGGUGCAGCUCUUUCCAAGACGAAAUCAGCGUCACGUUCUCGGUCACGGUCAUUAGCUAGUAUUAUGACCUCCAAAGGCGAUACCCUUCAACAGAGUAAAAGCCGACGCUCCUCCACUAAUCGCCGUCCCUCUGAUUCUGAUGUUGAAAGUGAAGCUUUGCAAGUGACUCGUGGAAUGAUUUUGCCUUUCGACCCGUUGAUAAUCUCAUUCGACGAUGUUAGCUACUUUGUUGACAUGCCUGCGGAAAUGAAGUCGCCUGAGAUGACAGAGAGUAAGCUCCAGUUGCUCAAUAAGAUUACAGGAGCUUUCAGACCAGGUGUACUAACCGCCUUGGUAGGAGUUAGUGGAGCUGGAAAGUCAACUCUUAUGGAUGUGCUAGCUGGGCGUAAGACUGGUGGCUACAUUGAGGGUGACAUUCGCAUCUCUGGCUAUCCGAAAAAUCAGAAGACCUUUGCCCGAAUCUCAGGUUACUGCGAGCAGAAUGACGUCCACUCCCCACAAGUGACAGUUCGAGAGUCUCUCAUUUACUCAGCGUGGCUUCGUUUAGCCUCCGAGAUUGACGACGAAAGUAAAAUGGCUUUCGUGGAAGAAGUGUUGGACUUGGUGGAGCUGAAGGCACUGGAGAAUGCCUUAGUAGGUCUGCCAGGCAUCACGGGGUUGUCAACAGAGCAAAGGAAGAGGUUGACAAUUGCAGUGGAAUUGGUCGCGAAUCCAUCUAUCAUCUUCAUGGACGAGCCCACCAGUGGGCUGGAUGCACGAGCAGCUGCCGUUGUGAUGCGAACUGUGAGAAACACGGUGGACACAGGACGAACUGUUGUAUGCACCAUUCACCAACCUAGCAUCGACAUCUUUGAAGCCUUCGAUGAGCUUCUGUUGUUAAAGCGAGGAGGACAGGUAAUUUACGCUGGCGAAUUGGGUUUCGAGUCCAAGCACAUGGUCGACUAUUUUGAGGCUGUGCCCGGAAUCCCCAAAAUCGCCGAAGGUAUCAACCCAGCAACAUGGAUGUUAGAUGUGACCAACGUGGACAUGGAACUACAAUUAGGAAUAGACUUCGGAGAAUAUUAUACAAGAACUGAACUUUACAAGCGGAACAAGGAUCUUGUGAGAGAAUUAAGUGUAGCAGCUCCAGGAUCGAAGCCCUUGGUGUUUCCAAGUGAAUAUCCACUAACUUCGUUCCAGCAGCUCAGAUGCAUUCUCUGGAAGCAGUCGUUGACACAUUGGCGCAGCCCUGAUUACAAUCUCGUCCGUUUUGCCUUCACUUUCUUUACUGCACUCAUCUGCGGAAGUAUAUUCUGGCAAGUGGGGCACAAAACAGAAAGGUCGACGGACUUGGUAAUCACAUUGGGAGCACUCUAUGGCUCAACUUUGUUUAUCUGCUUCAAUAACGCAAGCACAGUGCAAACGAUGGUGAGCGUUGAACGAUCUGUGAUGUACAGAGAGAAGGCAGCUGGAAUGUACUCGUUAAUACCUUAUGCGCUAUCCCAGGUGCUGAUGGAAGUUCCGUAUGUCGUAGUCCAAGGGACAUUGUACGCUCUCAUCACAUACGCAAUGCUGGGAUUCCAAUGGACAGCUGCAAAAUUCUUCUGGUACUAUUACACCAAUAUCAUCAGCUUGCUGUCGUUCACGUAUUACGGUAUGAUGAUGGUGGCCAUUACUCCCAAUGUUAUCUUGGCCUCCAUCGUCAGUGCUUUCUUCUCCACGCUCUUCAAUCUCUACGCCGGAUUCUUGAUUCCACGACCUGCGAUUCCCGGGUGGUGGAUAUGGUACUACUGGCUUUGUCCCUUAGCUUGGAUCAUUUAUGCAUUGAUAGCUUCACAGUUCGGAGAUGUUACGGACAAGCUUAUCAUUGUAGGCGACGAGACGAAAGACAUCAUCGUCAAGGAUUAUCUCAAGGAAACAUUUGGAUUCGAACACGACUUCUUGCCUGUUGUCGGCCCGAUGCUCAUCGUGUGGAUGGUCAUUUUCGCGUUGGUAUUUAUUUUUGCCCUCAAAAGCUUCAACUUCCAACGCAGGUAAUUGUCCUUUUCUAUUUGUAUAGAGAGCUUUAGAAAUCAUAACCAGCUCUGAGUUCCAAACCAAUAUGAGUUCGUGCUUACGGAACCUGUGUUAUUUUGAUGGCAUCGGAUGGUUUCCAUGGAAACCUAGAACAUGAUGAUGCUGAUGGUUUAAAUAAAUUAUUCUCUUCGAGAUUUGAAAGUU